AUGGACUUCCUCAAGUCAGCAGUCGCAUCUGCAAUCUCAAAAGGUCCCGCAUUUGGUUACACUUUCGGGGAUCGUGUAGACCUCAACGACUCCAUCUGGACACUGCACAACGGCACAAAGCGAGAAGAUGGCUCCAAAUGUAGUAUAUUCUCCUUCGACAUCACCGCGAACAAGUCUCGACUACCCCUCGCCCGCAAUGCACUCCGCAAGCUGCGAACUAUGCGCCAUCCCGGCGUCGUCAAGGUCUUGGACACAGUGGAGACGGAGACGUACAUAUACAUCGCGACCGAAAGACUGAGUCCGCUGAGCUGGCAUGUCAAGAGGAAGAGUCUGACCGAAGAGACAACGAAAUGGGGCCUGCACAACAUCGCGAAGACGAUCAAGUUCAUAAAUGCGGAUGCAACUUCGAUCCAUGGCUGCAUUCGCCCAGCCUCCAUAUUCUUCAGCGAGAGCGGGGAGUGGAAGCUAGCCGGAUUCGAUGCGCUGAGCUCGGUCAAGGAAGACGAUUCUAUAUUACCAACAUACGGUAGUCUCAUACCAGACGCAGGACGAUACAUGGCACCGGAGAUAGCAAAGGCAGGCUGGGAGGUUAUUAAGCAAAACCCUACACAUGCGGUCGACGCUUACAACUACGGCGUUCUCAUCUUCGAGGUCUUCAAUGGCAGCUAUGACAGUAGCGGCCAGCUGGUGCAAGUCAAGAGCAUACCAUCAAGCAUGCACCAGUCCUACAAACGCCUCCUCAACCCGAAUCCCAAAUCUCGAAUGAGUGUGGCGAAAUUCCUUGAUCAGGGGAAGCGAAUAGGAGGGUUUUUCCAGACGCCAUUGAUCCAGGUCACAGAUGACAUUGAGAACCUUGGCCUCAAAGCCGAUGAUGAGCGAAAUGAAUUACUCGGAAAGCUAGACGAGGUUGCAGACGAUUUUCCAGCCGACUUUUUCAAGAUGAAGGUACUUCCAGAACUACUCAAGUCAGUAGAGUUUGGCGGUGGCGGCGCCAAAGUCUUUAGCACUGUAAUGCAGAUAGGGCAGAAGCUGUCCGACGACGAGUAUGAAACGCAGAUUACACCAGUCGUUGUGCGACUGUUCGCGAAUCCGGACCGAGGCAUACGCGUCUGCUUGUUAGACAACCUUCCACUCAUGAUCGACCAUCUACCGCAAAAGCUGGUCAACGACAAGAUCUUCCCGCAAAUGGUCACUGGAUUCACAGAUUUAGCGCCUGUCGUCAGAGAGCAAACAGUUAAGGCUGUCCUGACUGUGAUUCCAAAGCUCUCUGAUCGAACAGUAAAUGGCGAACUUCUACGACAUUUGGCAAAGACAGCGAACGAUGAGCAACCUGGUAUCCGGACGAAUACGACCAUUUGCCUAGGGAAGAUUGCCCGCAACUUGGGAGCAGGUAGCCGAGCCAAAGUCCUCGCAGCCGCCUUCACCCGCUCGCUCCGCGACCCCUUCGUCCAUGCCCGCAAUGCCGCUCUUUUGGCACUGGCUGCAACAGCGGACGUCUUCAGCGAAGACGACUGUGCUACCAAGUUAUUACCCAUCAUGUGCCCUUCCCUUGUCGAUAAAGAGAAGCUCAUCCGGGACCAAGCACAGAAGAGUGUGGACAUCUACAUGACGCGCAUCCGCAAAUUUGCCGCGUCAAUGCCGGAUACCGUGCUUCCGCCACCGAGUCUGGCUGCUGAAGGGUCAGGAACAACGCCGCGAAUGGGAACUCCUUCGAAUGAUACCGCUGGAGCUGGUUGGGCGGGAUGGGCCAUCUCGAGUUUCACGAACAAGCUGGCCUCGACCAGCGGACAGAUACAGGCCGAUGCUCCUGCGAAUGGAGCCGCAGACCAAAGAUCAUCUUCUCUACCACCACAGGCAACAUCAUUCAGCAAACCUCCUGUUCCGCUCGCUUCCAAACCUGGCAUGCAGCUCCACAGCGCCAAGAGCUCGGCUUCGAUACCGACCGUCAGGUCGCCAGACCCAGCCGCCGCGUUCGACGAUGAAGCAGAGGACUUCGACGAUGAGUGGGGUGGCUUUGGCGACGACAAUCCCAAGCCUCAAGACGAGGACGAAGACCCCUGGGGCACACCCGCCGUCUCGAAACCUUCGACUACGACCUCAUACGACGACAAGGGCGAGCCGGACUUUGCUGGAUGGCUUGCAGCACAAUCGGGCGCUAAGAAGACUACAAAGCCCCCGCUGCCGAAAGGGUUGUCUAAGCUCUCACCAACUUCGAAACCAGGAAGACCUAUUAUCGGGGGAAGGGCGAGCACGACGGGAUCAACGGCGACGAGGAAGGUUGUUGUGCCGCCGAAGAAGGAGGUCAAGAAGGAGCAGCCGAAGGCCAAGGAAGAGGAGGAGGAGGGCUGGGGUGAUGCUUGGUAG